AUGUCUGCAAGCUGGCUAGAGGAUGAGCUGCCAGAGUCUUGGCCGACCCAGGCAGCCUCAAAAUCCCCGGUAAAGGCCACUGAGGAGCAAAUUCUAGAUUUGCCCAGUACAGUGACUGACCAUAUGGAUGCAACAGUUGCAAUCCAGCAUGUGAAUCGGGGGGUGCCACAAUGGAAACAAAGGUUGAGCCCGCGCAGGUCGCAAGAGGGCAACAUUGAAAAUUUGAGAAGCAUGUUUCCUGAUGAAAACGGUGGCGACAGUGUGACGACUAGCAGCAUGAGCAAUGCUAGCAGCUCCGUGCCUGACUAUGCCAUGAGCCGUAAACUGAAAUUAUUUGGUGAUCGCGAUACUUAUACGGAGCAACGUUACGACAAUCUCUUGACGUCUUUGCAGGGUCACGCUGAUGGCACCGUUAGCACAAAUGUUGGAUCGCAACGUUCAGAAACUGUGACCAACACGUUUGCCAACCGAUCACGCGGGGAUGUCGCGGCCAGGUUCUUAAAGAACGGAGAGGACGUGCUUUCACGGAUUCGUAAAGCAAGCAUGUUGAAUUUGAAACAAAAGAAGGAUGAAUCGCUGGACGAUUUGGAGCGCAAACUUGCAAACGGCACUAUUGACACAACGGACGAUGGAGCCCAAAACAGUAAUGGGUCUACAUUGAGUUCACUCAGCAGCACAGACUGGGUUGCUGAUGAGGCCACUCCUGUAGAGUCUGCUCCAAAUACAGCCAGGCACCUCACCGAUAAAUUUGUCGAAGAGUAUUCCCGUCGGUCGGGUCAGAUUGAGCCCCAACUAACAGAUCAGUUUGGGUCGAUGAAGAUGUCUGGCCAAGGGUCACAGCGGGUUCCUACUCUGUCGAGUUUGUCCACAGUUGAUGGUGGUAAAUCUCGAAGUGCAACAUCAUCAACUGUACUUCAUCACCAGUUCCCCUCAGCAACCAGUACCUUUGUCCCUACCGUGCAGUUUGCCCCAUCUCCCAAACAGGGAGUUGACGUUUCAAUGCUGGCUAUUCCUGACGAAAGCUCGGGUGAAAUCGAGGAACACAACUUGGAAACAAAGCCAAGCAUGAACCACGUAAAUGACGGCAGCGAGGAUAUCAUAAUUUCAACAAGUGAGCCAUCAACUGAGAUUUCUGGGCGAUCAAUUUCAGAACACCCAAUCGAAGGUCUCGAAGAACCUGUGAUUCAGCCGUUCAGGACCAGACCACGCGGUGAUUUAGCGCCCCAGGCGUUCGAUGCCACAUUCCGCGACGGAACAAUGUUUGAGAGAUCUCUGCCCUCAGCGUCUUUCAACAAUUCGACAAUUGGAAACCUGACGAUAGCUCAACGCGAUACCACCUUCUCAAGCAGCAUGUACCAUAUUGCUGAGCUGCUGAGUGGGAAAGACACUGAGGCUUUGGAGCAAGUUGAUCUUUCAAAUGCCCAAAUUGAAGCCAUCAAGGGUUUGGGAGAGAUGAUACCUCGAAUCAGAGAUAUAAAUUUGUCUCAUAAUUCUAUUCGAGUUCUUGAAGGGCUCCCGACUCUUGCGGUUAAUGUCAAUCUCAGCUACAACCUGCUGAACCGCUUGAGCUGCUUCCCAAUUGCCAACAUAACCACUUUGGAUAUCUCACACAACGGCUUGACUGAUCUGCGGGGACUCAAAGAGCUGCGUUCGCUUGUUGACUUGAACGUAUCACACAACUCGCUUUCGAGUGUCACAGGACUCGAUAGCUUGCAGGGGCUUUUGCGUCUCAAUAUUUCUCACAAUAAACUUAGUGGUGCAGUGAUCCCAUUGCCUCGCCUGAGAGUACUGUAUGCAGGAGCCAACCCGCUCAAAAAUAUCCGUUUGGAAACUCCCCUACUGGAGGAGCUGAAUGUUGACGGUGCGUCCUUGACAACAAUCGAUGCCGUUCCUAGUGUAAAGACGCUGAGCAUCCGAAACAACCGGGCUGCUGUCGAUUUCAAAGAUUGGGAAUCACUUGAAACCCUGUACUAUGAUGGGAAUGAUGUUGCCCGUAAUUGUGGCGAAAUAGCGCCCCGCACUGUUUGGUGGCAGGGAAACAGCUUGACUGGGUUUGAUGCCAAUAUGCUGAGAACAGCUUACGAAGUAGUCCUAGCUGGCCUAGGAAUCGAGUUUUCUACAUUUGUGGGCACGUAUCCCGCCCAAGAACUGACUCUAUGCAAUAUGGGGCUGAGGAAACUGCCUGCAUGGCUUCCGCGACGGUUCCCGUUUGUUCGCACCCUUAAUCUUGCUUUCAAUGAACUUGAUGACGCCAGCUUGGCGGUGUUGUCACAGUUCGACAACCUCGAGGAGUUGUCGCUGUUCCAUAAUGGCUUUUGCGAUGCCAGCCAUAUAGGGGAGACGUUGAAGGGGCUAUCUCGACUAGCAGUGUUGGAUCUCAGAGCGAACCCAGUGACCGAUUUUUACCCCGAGAUUAUUUUCGAUGACCACAAGCCCCCCAUGGCAGCAUAUGACGAGGUUUUAGACCUCGACUGGAACACAAUGGCCCGAGAAGCUGUAAAGACAGCAAGAUAUGCCAAAUACAAGCGUGCACUGGGCUUGCACCUGCAGUGGCUUGACGGCACCGAGCUGGAAGUCUACGAGCAACGGAAAACGAGUCCCCCAACACGUACAGAGCCGUCAACAAGUCUUGAAUCGACUGCCCCCAGCACACCCAGCCGAGCUGACAGUUCGGUCGAGUCGCGGUUUAUGAGCGCCAAGUCUAGAGGUGGAGGGACUUUCAAUGCGGCUCCUAAUAUGACCGCGCUGGGCCACUCAACCCCGCCGCGCACUGGUGACACCCAGGAGGUUAUCAGACGACUGGCCAGUGACCUGAUCGCUCUGUACGAUGCGGCACGACGAACGCAACCCCACCUGUGGGCACGAAACGCUGCGGGUAGACAAAAGUAA